AAUAUUCAACAGCAGCCGCCCGUGCAGCACUAGUCACUCCACGAGGCCUCACCCACCGGCGGCGCUCGGGAAGAGUUAUCUUGUUGCAGACAUUGUUGACUCGCUACUGAUAAACAUCAUCGAUGCAUAGGGCAUUUUCUGCAGGUCACUGAUCCGGUUGCAACCUGCAUGGGAGAUAGCUAACUAACCGGCUCAUUGGCAGUGUGUGGAUACACCCUUAUAAAGACACCUGCUCUCAACAGUUCAGUCAGUAAACCAUCAAAGAUUAUCGGCUAACCUGCUGGUUGAGUUGGGAUUGUACUGACGUCUGAUUUAAACCGAUUCAGUCCAUGUCCGUGAAGACAACAGAACUGGUAACUUUUUCCGUCAACUGACCUGACGUGGACCCAAUUUCCUUUAGUAGGAGCUGGGAGGUUCCUUUCAAGAUAACGUUAGCGUCUUCGGUGAGCCGAUUAAACACGGAACUAGUGAGAUACGUGAGCUACUGUAGCUAACGUUAUCCCUCAAGGCAAAUCUACCGCUGCUGUCUGCCUGAACAACGCCUGUCCUCUGUCACUGGAAAGCCGCAAUUGUCUUAUUUUCCGAAGCGAAACAAGCUGUCAAGAUGAUGCAAAUAUAUGAUUCCUACAAUCAAAAGAACUCUUUGUUCAACUCCAUGACUCGCUUCAUAGGCGCUGUAAACAACAUGGAUCAAACUGUAAUGGUGCCCAGUCUUCUCAGGGAUGUGCCGCUUGAGGAGGAAAAGGAUGUUAACCCUGUACGGACGAGUGCCACCAAUGGCUCGGCUACCUACUUCCCAGACAUGUACGGUGACUACGUGCUGCUGAAGUCUAUUCGAAAUGAUAUCGAAUGGGGAGUUCUCCAGGCUGAGGAAAGGCGAAAAGAAAAACUUGGCGUAAACGCUUUGGAGAUUACUCGUGUCGAGCCAGACGACGAGGACUUGGAGAAGCUUUUUCACUUUCACUUGAGUGGGCUGCACUCAGUGCUGGCUAAACUGACCCGCAAAGCGAACACCCUCACCAACAGAUACAAACAAGAAAUCGGAAUCGGUGGUUGUGGGCUUUAGACGGCCACCCCCCAGCGAGGGUUCCGCGGUGAUCAUACCAAAGAUUACAUCGCGAAGUUUUGUGGAAGUGAGGUGGCGGGCGGCCUGUCCUGGUGGUUCUUAACGAAUCUUUUAUUCCUUGGAUUGGGAAGAGAAAAUGUACUUGACAUGAAAGCUCUGCACUGGUGCCCCCCUUGGCGUUUUUGUUUUGUUUCAACGCGAUGCUAUGUUUGCUGUUGGCACACUGAACCGAGAUAUGCGUGUCUAAUAAGGUUGAACUUAAUAUUAAUGAUAGUUUAUUUAAAAUAUAUGCAAUGUAUAUAUUGAGACUGUAUUUGUGUGUAAGCCUGUAGGGAUGAUCUAAGGGCCGCAGACUUUGGCUUAAGUCUCCUGCCGGACUAGACCAUUUGCACAAGCUACUGGCAGAGUACUUACCACCAGACUUCCAAUCCUGAGGUUGCAGUGACCUCCAAUGCUAUAGGGUAUAGUUAAAAAAUAUAUAUAUAAUGCUAUAUGACCUCCAAUGCUAUAGGGUAUAGUUAUGAUAUAUAUAUAUAUAUAUAAUGCUAUAUGACCUCCAAUGCUAUAUAGGGACAAAUCAGCUCUGAAUAAUCUAUGAAAUGGAAUACCAUGAUGUUUCUAUACCGCAAAUGUAUGGCAAAUUGAUUAAUUCCAGGAGAUUGUAGAGAAAAAAAGUCCCCAAAGUUUUGUUUCAAUGUGUGAAUAUUUAAAAUGCCAUGUUUUUUUCUACUGAGAUGCUGGUCAAGAAAAUAAACAUUUCCUUUUUGUAAGUAUCCAAA